CUAUGCAAUGAAGAGAAAGGGAGCGUCGAUAAUCACCACUUCUUCAUGAUAACAGAAACUGUCGGUAGCAGGAGCAGCAUCGCUUCAUAAAUACUACUGGAGCUCCAAAAAGACUGAAAGAAAGAGAACAACUGCGAAUUUGAAGGGAAAAAAUGGCUUUACACCCUUCAGAGUGUAAGAUUCUCAGGAUUAUGCUUCUUAGUCUCAGUGGUGUUGGAAAAAGUGCAACAGCCAAAGCAAUAUUAGGAACAGAAACUUUCAAAGAAACUGAAACUAUACAGUGUGAGAUACAGAAUGGGAGAGUAGAGGGAAGAAACAUCUCAGUGAUUGACACGCCAGGAAUCAACAACACUUCACUCACUCCAGAACAGUGGAGGACUGAACUAAAGAAGGGUUUGUUGCUUUCCUCUCCUGGCCCUCAUGUGUUCCUGCUGGUGACCAAAGUGGGGAAAUUCUCAGAAGAAGAGAGAAAUGCUGUGAAGUGGGUUGUGGAGGACUUUGGAGAAGAAGCUCUGAAGUUCACCAUGAUACUGUUCAUAGGAAGAGAAGAAAUGACACAGAGACAGUUGGUGAAAUCUUCUGAGGAUAUCAGGACAAAGGAUUUGAUCAGCUGCUUUCAAGGUGGAUACUGUGUGAUAAACAGUAAGAGAGAAGUUAAUCAGGCUCAGAUCAGUAAACUGCUGGAGGAGAUUGAGGCCAUAGUACAACAAAAUGGAGGUCAGGUCUACACGCAAGAGAUGUACGAAGCAGUUGAUAGAAUGAGAACAAAAGACAAGACACAGAAGAAAGAGGAAAUGGGAAAGGGACAUGAGAAAAACUGGACACUCUUGGCUUCUCCCCUCUCACCUUUGGAGUUGCUUUUAAUCUCAUUGUACAUGCGUAUAGUGACAAUAAAGGCAUUCUAUUCUAUUCUAUUCUAUUCUAUUCUAUUCUAUUCUAUUCUAAAAUGCGGAAAUGUGAUACCGCCAAAGAAACAGGAAGAGUCAGUGAAGUCACUUUCUGAGAAGAAGGGAGAGAUGGCAGCAAAGUUUGUGAAAGAAAAUUUCAAGAUCCAGGAGGAGACAUGGAAAGAAAGGGAAAGGAAGAAAUGGGAAGAGGAGAGAGGAGCUACAGGGGGUGUAAAACCUCAGAAGAAAAAGGAAGAGUCAGUGAAGUCACUUCCUGAGAAGAAGGGAGAGAUGGCAGCCAAGUUUGUGAAAGAAAAUUUCAGGAUUCAGGAGGAGACACGGAAAGAAAGGGAAAGGAAGAAAUGGGAAGAGGAGAGAGGAGCUACAGGGGGUGUACAACCUGAUCCAGUGUGUGAUGUGAGGAUUGUGCUCCUGGGAGGUGUUGGAGCAGGAAAAAGCUCAUCAGGAAACACAAUCCUGGGCAGGGAGGCAUUCGGGAAGGACAUCAUCAAAGAUAAGACAAUGGGCAAGAGACAGGAUGGAAUGGUGGGAAAUAAAUCUAUCACUGUGAUUGACACUAAAGGUUAUGCUAAAGACGACUCUCAGUACUACUUUUCAGAGUACUGUGAUGAGUUGGAGCAAUGUCUUUCCUUGUGUAGACCCGGCCCUCAUGUGUUUGUGCUGGUUGUACCUUCCCCUAAUAACUUCUCCUUCCCUGUUCAUUUACUAUAUGAAAGAUUUGGCCCAGAAGUUUUGAAACGCACUUUAGUUCUCAUCACUCAUGGAGACUCUUGGGGAAGAGACCACAAGGCAGUCUUAAAUAACAGUUCAGUGCUUCAGCAGCUCAUCCAGCAUUGUGGAGAAGAUUAUCACAUUUUCAACAACCAGGAGAAAGAAGACCAAACUCAGGUCAAAGAAUUGCUGCAGAAGAUCGAGAUCUUGAUUAGGAAGAACGGACAGGGGUACUGUACCACCGAGAUGUACCAGAGAAAAGGGCAGGAGCCAGGAAGUUGUUCCCUAAUCUGAAUAUUUUAAGGUCUUUUUUGAGAAAUGCAUUUCAUUUGGAUCCAUUUGAUUUGGAAGUUGUAUAAUAUUAUACACAUCAUUGUUUUGUUGAGCAUAACUGAGUAGGUGGUUCUGAAGGUCUCUUUGUAUAAAAGUAGAAGUCCUUGUUCUUUUUUAAUAGGAAUUUGACAGAAAAAUUUGUAAGCAUUGAAGUGUGUUUGGAUGUCAUAUGCGAUUUAUCCUUUACGUAUACUCUAUAUUUUAUUUUAUUAUUAUUAUGGCCAGGUUCUGGCCAGAACUGAUAAUUGCAUGAUCAAUUUUUCUUUGGUUAAUCAGACACACGGUAUGCCACCACACUUGCCGGAGCAGUUGGGGGUUAGGUGCCUUGCUCAAGGGCACUUGAGACAAUCCUGCUGGUUGAGGGAAUCAAACCAGUGACUUUUUGGUCCCAAAGCUGUUUCUCUAACUAUUUGGCCAUGGAUUCCCCAAUACAACCAUAUACCGUACAUACUAUAUAGCAUUUGGUUGAUGGCAAAGGAAUAAACAACAACAAUGUCAACAACAACAUUUUCCAGUCCAUGGAUAGUGUGUUGUUUGCCCUCUGAUCCUCAUCAAGCCCAGUUUCUGAUUGGCAGUUGGCUGGAAGAUCCUGAUGGAUGGGAUUUAUUAUCUCACUAUCCCAUGUCAUCCAGAACAGUAUGGGUUCCCUUUGGAGUUUGACUCCUCUCAAGGUUUCUUCCUCACCACUGUCACCUUUGGCUUGUUCAUUAGGAAUUUAAAUCUACAUCUUGACUUUUAUAAAGCUCCUUUGUGGCAAUGUUUAAAAAUUAAAUAUGCUAUGCAAAUAAAAUGUAAUUGAAUGAAUAAUGAAUAAACGUUAGCAGCACGGUGGUGUCAUGAGUAGCACUGU